AUGACAUACACAGACGAACCCCCCCAAUCCUACGAAGCAACCCAUGUCCAUGCUGUUUACGAAGAAAUCGCCGAACACUUUUCUUCGACACGGUAUAAGCCCUGGCCGAUUGUAGAUCGGUUCCUACGCGAACAGCGCGAUGGGGCGAUUGGGGCGGAUGUAGGGUGUGGUAAUGGCAAGUAUCUGGGUGUGAAUGAUAAAGUGUGGAUUGUGGGGAGCGAUCGAUCUACGAAUUUGGUCAAGAUUGCCAGACGGCAUGAACCACACGAUGUAGUCGUGGCGGAUAACCUUGCUCUCCCGCAUCCAGAGGGCAUUUUCGACUUUGCCAUAUCCAUUGCCGUUGUGCAUCACUUGUCUACGCCAGAGCGGAGAAUAGAGGCUGUCAAGAGUGUUUUGGAUCUCCUGCAACCGCCGUCGACAUCAGGUCACGAGGAAUCUAGCCAUGGAAAUGGAACUGCUGACAUGAGCACAACCGGAGGAAAGGCACUCAUCUACGUAUGGGCACUUGAGCAGAAAGACAGCCGGCGCGGUUGGGACGAAGGCCACGAGCAGGAUGUCAUGGUACCAUGGGUGCUGAAGCAGAAGAAGGAGAAGGACGCAAAGCGGAAAAAGAACAAGGACAAUGUGAUGCAAGAGAACGGGAGCGAAGAGAAGGGGAAGACGGCCGAAGGAGACAAGACAUUUUUGAGGUAUUAUCAUUUAUAUCGCAAAGGCGAGCUUGAGAGCGAUAUUGAGCAGGCGGGCGGAGUUGUGCUCGAGUCGGGAUACGAAAAGGACAACUGGUGGGCCAUUGCGCGACGCAGGUGA